UCAACGGACAAACGGUGAAAUAACGUGUAAAGUAAAACUUAAACUUAAAUAUUUUCUUUACGUAAUAUUACUAAAAUGAGUGAAUUUAAAACACCAACAAUGAAAAGACAUAAGAGUAGAGUACAAGAUAAUCCAGAAUUGCAAACACCAAUUAAAAUCCCAGCUUCCCCGUUUUUAGAACAAAUUGGUUAUGGAUGUGGAGUUAAUGUAUUUAGUCUGGAGCGAUCACCAAAAGUCGGAUUUAUUAGAUCACCAUGGGCUAUUAAAAAACGCAACUGCAAAGUUGUGAAAGAUGGAAGGUAUACAGAACGCAUUCGAUUCGAAGCAGAAAUACUUCGUAAAUUAAAUCAUCCAAAUAUUGUUGGUUUUCGAGCUUUCACUGAACUUUCGAACGGUGAACCAUGCUUGGCAAUGGAAAAAUUGGAUGCCUCUUUAGGUAAUAAGAUAGAAGAAAAACUUGAAAACGAUGAUGAUCCAUUUCCUGCUAAGGACAUUUUGAAAAUUACAUAUGAAAUUAUAAAAGGACUAGAAUAUCUGCAUCAUACUGCUUACAUCUUACAUGGUGAUGUGAAAAGUUAUAAUGUUUUAGUUUCUGUAGAUUAUAAAACAGUUAAACUAUGUGAUUUUGGAGUAUCUUUACCACUGAAAGACACUUUAGAAGUAGAUACUUCAAAUGGAGAUUUCACAUAUGUGGGUACAGAAUGUUGGAGUGCUCCUGAAAUAAUAUUUGAGGAUGGGCCUGUUACAAAUAAAGCUGACAUUUGGGCAUGUGGUCUUGUUGUUUGGGAGAUGAUAGCUUUGACACCACCUCAUGUAGAAUCUUCAGAAAUAAAUGACAGUUAUUUAGAUGACUCAAUGGUAGAAAUGCAAAUGAGAAACAAUACAAAAUCGAAUAAAUAUGAUAUCAAUACGGAUUAUAGUAGCAGUUCUUUUAAUGCAAUGAUGAAUAUAAAGUAUGGUACUCGUCCUGCAUUACCUGCUAUUAAUCUAGGAAAAGAGUAUGAAAAGGUACUUGAAGUAUUUUUUGCAUGCACUACUGCAGAUUAUAAAAUUAGGCCUAGUGCAAAGGGUCUUGUUAAUUAUUUUAGCAAUUAUGUAUAUAAUGCUAAUAAGUGA